GGAUGAUGUAAUAAAUGGGCGUGGCCACCAACAAAGAUGUCUCUCCUUCUUUCUAGAAGGGUAGGGUACCUUCUCCCUGGGUUACCGUCAAUAGCAACUGGCAAUGGACAAUGGAGAAGAGGAUUGAACGGCUCCUGUCCUUUCUCAGAGAAGAAGAAAAAAUUUUCAGAAAGAAAGAUACUAGGCUAUACUCAAGAGCAGAUAUACUCCGUUGUGGCUGACAUAGACAAGUAUAAACUCUUCUUGCCCUGGUGUAAAGAAUCUAAGAUACUGAAGAGCAAGCCUGGACACUGCCUGGCUAAGCUAACAGUUGGCUUUCCUCCGCUAGGGGACAGCUAUGUAUCAUCCGUAACCCUCAAACCGUACACUCUGGUCCGGAGUGUAUCAACCAAUGGAGUCUUGUUUAAUCAUUUAGAAACAACGUGGCUCUUUCAGCCAGGACCCAACUAUCCAACAGGGCCAUCCACAAUCACUCAUAUAUCAACCAUUUUUGAGUUUAGGUCACUGGUAUAUGCUACUCUAGCCUCUUCAGUUUUUGACGAGGUAGCAAAAACGCUCGCAUCGUCAUUUGAGUCUCGGUGCCAUAGCCUUUUUGGAUCUGACCACCUAAGAACUCCAAAUGCUUCAAAUAAAUAUAACAUGAACCAAACCAACAGCUGAUGCAUAUACCUCGUUUCAAUCAGAAUUAUUCAUUGUCAGCUUUAUUUAUUUUAUUUGUUUAUUUAUUUACUGUCUGUAUAAUAUUUAUUGUGAAUUUUACAAGUUUAUCUUUCCAGUUAUUCCCGCUGUUUAUUCAUUG